AUGGUUCCCAUAGCAAACUCUGCAGACUUGAAUUACAGUUCCAAACUGCCUGUGUGUCAGGAGGCGCGGGUUCCUCGGAAAGAGGACGGGGAAAAUCAGUGUGCCCAGCAGACAAGCACUGAGGGCUUGCUGGAGAUUCUCAGCUACAGUGAGAAUAUUUACCUCCAUGUGAGGUUCGGAUAUGAAGGUGGUAUAGGUGGGAAAAACCACUGUUGUGGGUCUCGAGACGGUAUGCGAGGGAGGAACGCGACACAGCCAAGGCUGAUGUAUAGAAAGAAACACGUCACAGCCUACCAGUCUGUACUACUGGUGACGGUUCUGUUUACUCUGACCUCUGUCGUUGUGCUUGUCAUCACUACUGACUGGAUCAGCUGGGACAAGCUGAAUCGUGGAUUUCUGCCAAGUGACGAAGUCUCAAGAGCCUUCUUGGCUUCUUUCAUCUUGGUGUUUGACCUUCUUAUUGUCAUGCAGGACUGGGAGUUUCCACAUUUUAUGGGUGAUGUUGAAGUGAAUCUUCCAGGCUUGCCAUCUGCACACAUGCAGUUGAAAGUACCUUAUUUCCAAAAGAUCUUCAAAGAGGAAUAUCACAUACAUAUCACAGGCAAAUGGUUUAACUAUGGAAUUAUCUUCCUUGUUUUAAUCUUGGAUCUGAAUAUGUGGAAGAACCAAAUAUUUUACAAACCUCAUGAAUAUGGCCAAUAUAUCGGUCCUGGACAGAAGAUCUACACGGUGAAGGACUCAGAAAGCUUGAAAGACCUUAAUAGAACUAAGUUAUCUUGGGAAUGGAGGUCCAAUAACACUAACCCAUUGACCAACCGGACCUAUGCCGAAGGAGACAUGUUCUUGCACAGCAGAUUCACAGGCUCUAGCCUUGAUGUCAAAUGCCUGGCUUUUAUUCCCAGUUUGCUGGCUUUUGCUUUGUUUGGUUUCUUCAUCUGGUUCUUUGGGCGAUUUCAGAAAACUGACCAAGGCAUGGAGAAUUUAGACAAAUCAUACACAAGAAUGAAACGCAAGUCACCGUCAGAUAUGGGAAUGACCCGAGAAAAUACACAGGUGUUAGUAGAAGAACCAUUAAGUUUCCAAGAACCACAUCUCGUAUCCAUAAAAUCAGACUUAAGCGAAAUAGUUUUUAAUUCUUCUCUCCUAACUUCUGAAAACUUGAAUGCACAACUGAGUGAACAAGAUAGCCCUUUACAGCCAGUGCCAGAGGCCUCUGUCCCUAAGAGUACUCCUGUGACCUAG